GCGGAAUUCAUCUUCACUGUUCAAACAUCAUCAGCUUGUUGUUGUAAUGUUGUCUAGUUUUUCGACGAAAUAUCCUUUUCUUUUUACCCUAACUUCUUUCUGAGGAGUGGAAUAGCUUUGAGGAUAAUAUGGGAGAGGAAAAACCUGCCGCAAACGAUGAGCGGUCGCCGGAAAAUGAAGGUAUUUGUGAACAAAUCUUUUAAAUAUGUGCGAAUGAAAUAUAAAGCAAAAUUCUGUUCCCAAGAGGCUUUAUCAAAGAAUGCUGUUCUUUGAAAGAGAAAUACUUUGGGAUUCUAGUAUUGUUAAGCUAAACAAAGCCUUGGGUUCUUAAGUAUUCAAAAUAUGAGACGAUAUACAAACUUGGUCAUGUAUUUGACAUGCAAUGAUAGCAAUCGCCGGUCGAGACAAUCCAAUUUAACUUUGCUUAAAAGUCAACAGUUCAAGCCCCAAUUGUGUGUUGAAAAAAUAGUGUAUCUUUAAUUGGAAAAUUAAUAUUACAUUGUAACAUGUUUCUGGUGCGGUUUUAGGCGAAAUACGUGGCCUAUUACCGAGCUUUUAAAGGAUUAUUUAAGUCCAAUAUUAAGUGAACGGUCGGCCCCUUUUCGCAGUUUACUUUAAUAUACAAAACAAAUUUUACAAACUUACAUCUGCUUACUCGAUUGCAUAUCCCAGCGGGAAACGGAACACUAUAUUAUUAUAUUUUUGUUUGAAAAAUCUGGGAUAAGCUUCUGCAGUUUUAAUAGUUUAUAGCGGAUAGUUGCGAAUGGACAUUUGGAAAAUUAGGGGACUGGUUUAAUUUGGGUAUACAAUAAUUCAGGAAACCAUAAUUCAAACAAAUGAAAUGCUUCCUGACAUAUUUAUGUUUAAUUUGUCCAGUUGGUGUCAAAUGAAAUGAUAAUUAUGAGUCGUAGAUUUAUACUACCAAAUGUACAAAACUUGGUUUAGCUUUGGUGUAUAUGCAUAUUUCUUCUACAAUGUAUAUUGACCACUAAAUGGCAAAUACAUAUAUCAUUUUCAAGUGGAACUCUUCAUUUAAAGUGGAUUCAGUUGAAUAAAUCAAUAGCUAUCAUAUUUGGCUGCAAUUAUUAUAUGGUGCAGUAACAGUAACUUUUGGUAGCAGAGAAGUGAUAAUUCAUGCAAUUAAGUCUGAUUGUUGAUGGAAUUCAUCGGUGGUAAUUUCAAGCAAAAAUUUACAGCAUAUACAAUUUUCAGACCUGACCUGGGGCAACUGUGAAAAAUGCUUUAAAUUUUUGUUCAGAAUUACUGUCUAGAAAUACGAUCCCCCAUUCUUCAGCAACCAAAACAUGUUCUGGGGCAACUGUGAAAAAUGCUUUAAAUUUUUGUUCAGAAUCCUCAGAAUUUUCAGAAUUACUGUCUAGAAAUACGAUCCCCCAUUCUUCAGCAACCAAAACAUGUUUCUGUCUAGAAAUAUGAUGCCCCAUUCUUCAGCAACCAAAACAUGGUAGAUUAAAGGCAGGGUCAAGUCUGUUCUGCGCAUGUGCUAUAUGAGGUAGAUUAAAGGCAGGGUCAAGUCUGUUCUGCGCAUGUGCUAUAUGAGGGCCCUCUAAUACAGUAUGUAAAACAAUAUCCAAAUUUUGCCUUGUUUCGUCAUCUUCGAAAAUUGAAACUCUAAUCUACAUUCACAGAGUGUUAGCCAGAGAUUAGAAAAUUUGGCAAUUUAAUGAAAUUGGGAAUUUCAGUUAGCCUGCGACAUUCAGACCGGAGUUAAGGAAUUUUGUGUUUCUUAACUGAUGGUCUCAUGGUCUAGCACCAGCUGAGCUAAAUUGAAACAUUAAUUUGUAGUGCAAGUCCAGUGCUUAAAAAAUAGGCGUAUGGGCGUACGAUUAUACACCGAAAUUAGCUUUGAGCAUACCAAGAAUUUCAGACACGUAUGAUUGUGUACACUUCCUACAUCAAAGCUGAACCGUUACCCCGUUCUGUUUGCCUUAAAAACCUUCGGACAAUGAACAAACAUUUACCUCUAACCCUGGUCAUGAAAUAUCCAUAUAUUUAAGACAAUCAAGUAUGAAACAUUGGUCAAGAAACAUUGACUGAGCUCACUGCCUUAAUCCCGGACCGCCAUCUUUGUUUACGUCAUUUAAAUCCAGCAUUUCAAAUGCAUUUUUAUACGAGAAUUUUAUAUGAAAACUAUAGUACAGUAGUAUACAAAAUUGUACAUCAACAUUGAAUAAAUGUACAUCAACUUAGUACAAAAUGUAUGACCUCAUGUGGGCCAUAUGGCAUUUCUGAUUUAUUUUUUAAUCCCUGAAGUCACAUGACAUUCUUUUGCAUACUAAAAACAGACAAAUAUAUAUUUUACAUGACAUCCUCGCAACACUUAUCUGGUACACACUUUUUCUUGAGCAACUAGUACAUCAUAUUUUAUCAGUGUAGUGUGCUCAAAAUGUAACAAACAGCAAAUCCGCCCAAUGGACUUGACCACAUCUUUAAUUAACGUUGAUUUUCAGCAAUCAAGGAAGUAGUGAAUUCCUUGGAUGAUCCAACAACUGCUGGCUUGAUUUUGGAAGAACAAGCAAAGUCUUUGAAAAAUAUCUUAGCUGAUCCUGCCAUUCAACAUCUUAUCAAGGUUUUAUUAUCACUUUAUUGUAAAUAAAUGAUAACCUAGAACAUGAUAGAACAUUUAUAUCUAUUAAGCUCUGCAUUGAAAUCCCCCUACACCCUACUUUAUUAUUUCUCUCUGUCUAAUGCCAGAGAAUCCUUGAAAAUCUUUGAAUUUGGAAGCAAAAAUUCAAGACCUUGAAAGUCCUUAAUUUACUGUAAGUUUAUAAAGAAAUGCUUGAAAGUCCUUAAUUAAAUUGUUCUUGCUUUAGUGGAUAUUUUCUGAAAUUGUUUGGCAUUAAGAAUUGGACAUUUUGUAAAUUGAUUUUGUUCAUGUCUUACAAAGGCCAAAGUUGUUUGAAAUUCAUUAAAGUUGCCAUUUGAACAGUUCUUAAAACAUCACUUUUUUACUGAUUUCAGCCCUUUAGUUGGGGUCUGAAAUUUAAUCAGUAUCCAACUGGGAUACCAGGAUUCAAAGUUUAGUACACCCCCCCCCCCCUGAGAAUCCAGUAUCCCACUUCUGGACCCUGCUUACCAUAAGUAUUAUACCCCAUCCCAUCCAAAUAAGUCAGCUGUCAAGAGACUGUCAGAGGUGCUUAACAUUUUUUGUUAAUGUUUGAAAUUUUUUUAGUAUCCAGUUGGGAUAUAAGUCAUUCACGGUUUGGUAUCCAAAACCAAAUUUUAGUAUCCUGUGGAUAUCGGGAUGCUGCAAAUUUCAGCCCCUCCCAGCUUUAGUCCUUGAAUUUCCUGAUAUAUGGCCUUGAAAGUCUUUGAAUUUAACGCUUCCUGACCUGUACAAACCCUGAUAUGUUUUAAUCUGUCUAAUGCCAGAUGAUUUUACCCAUCAAGGGAAGACCACUGGUACUCAAUGGGUUAAUACAGGAUUUACGCAUGACUUAUGUGCUCAAUGUCUUCAUUAUAGGCUCAUGGCACUUUGGAACAGGAGAAGAAAGAAGCCGUGAAGAAUGCCAAUGUGGAACUGCUAAAAGAGGUAUUGUACAAUUUUUGAAUUAUUAUUAUGUAGUAUAAUGUAGUAUUAUGUAGCUAACUUUUUUCUGUCUAUUUGAAAGUUAAAAUCAUUAUCGACAUACUUAUAAUUUAGGUUGUUGUGUAACCCUUUCAAUAGCGAACUUAAGCAAAGCUUAAUCUGGUAUGGGGGCAUGUCAAGAAACGGCCUUAUAUUUUACACUUUUGUAAUUAUAAAGAACUACCGUUAUUAAGAACUUCAAGAAAGCAGAACGGAAGUGCAACGAGAACAGCUAAUAAUAUCAUAUUAAUGCAAGAACAUGAGCAGAAAUUUACAGUUAAAAUCCACAGACGUUUUAGAUGUCGCCGUAGCUCUGGGCAUAAAAUUGAGGGCCUGCCAGGCAGGCUAAUUGGGUCCUAAAACGUUUCUCAGUCAUAAACCCUGUGUUAAUUUUGAUCCUUAAACUGUAUUAUUUUCAUACGAUGGAUAAUAGACGACAGGUUUUCUUCUGCAAUCGUUUGGUUCAACGAGUUUGUUUGCCGUUGCAUUCCCGUCCUACGUGCUUAGGGUCGCUAAUGUUUAAACAUGUGGAAUGUAAUCUAUUUUAGGUGUCAUCUUCAUUAGUGGGUAAAAAUGAAAACGAAAAUGCUGUGGAAUUGCAGUCACUGCUAUCCAAUCCUCAUUUGAAAGUAAAUAUAAAUAUGUUUUUGAAGUACUGCUGCACAUGCAUACAAACAAACAAACAAACAAACAAACAAACAAACAAACAAACAAACAAACAAACAAACAAACAAACAAACACCACAGAAAUAGAAUAUCAAAAACAAUAUGAGUGAAUAUAACAAAUCCUACAAGUUGAUUUGUCAAAUUUGACAUACUAAGCUGUUAUAUUCACCUACAGGUGAAUAUAACAAAACCAAAAUUUUCAAAAUGGCGGCUAGCUGUUUUGUGGAAGUUACUGAUAAAGAAAUAAGCGAAAUUAAAAUAAAUUCAGUCCCAAAAAACACAAAAGACUUGUGUAAAAAUACUAAAACAAUUAUUCGCCUCAGGCUCUGUGAUUAUCGGGGGAAUGUUCACCUCGACUUCGUCUCGGAGAAUAUUCCCCGAUAAUCACCUCGCCCUCGGCGAAUAAUUGUUAAAUAUUGAACACUGAUAAUAACUAUUUUAUGGAUAGUUGGCCUGGGAUAAAACCUUAGUCAAUAUGGUUGACAAGAUACAUCCAACUUAUAACUUCCACAAUUGACUAGACAACUAGAAACCACCCACAUAUUUACAUUUGCAAUAGAGACUGUGACUUACAGAUCUGGUUUCUGCACUUCACUCGGUAAUAUUAGAAUGCUGUUUUUAGGGUUUUGUAAUCCAAGUGAGUAUAUAUAUACACUUUAAGACCUGACCAGGAACGACUGCGAAAAAUGCAGCACAAGGUCCUCUGGUAGGUUCAAUUCCUACCAGAGGACCUUGUGCUGCCUUUUGAACCUACCAGAGGACCUUGUGCUGCAUUUUUCGCAGUCGUUCCUGGUCAGCUCUUAAAGUGUAUACAGCUGUUUCAAUUAAGGUUGUCCACGAGCAAAGCGGAAAAGUCGAAUACGAGCGCGAAAGGCUGCUGGGAACCGCUUUGAAAAUGCAUUAAUUUGUUAGCGAUUCCCAGCAGCCUUUCGCGCUCGUAUUCGACUUUUCCGCUUUGCUCGUGGACAACCUUAAUUGAAAUAGCUGUAUAUACUCACUUGGAUUACAAAACCCUAAAAACAUGCGACUUACAGAGACUGUGACUUACAGUACACAGGAGGCUGUAUGGAUUAGGGUCAACUCGAUUCUUCAUCUUAUGACCAUUUGCGAGCUUUGUGAAGCGUGCGUUUAAAACUACGUUUCAAAACAUUUCUCCCAUGUAGUUUGUCAAUCAAAACUUUUUGUUUUGUUCAAAAUACAAUUUGUGGAUGCAUGGCAUCAGACAAAUUGUUUAAAAUGUUUGCAUUCGCAUGUCCAAUAUAAGCAGGGGCGUCGGAGCGGCUGUAAAAGUGAGGGGCACACUUAGCGCCCGCCGCGGGUGACGGCAGGUGACAUUUUAAAAUGACAAUUUGCGCUUAAUAAUUGGCGGUCAAUAUUUAUAUUCGGUUCGACAGAAUCAAUAUAUUCCGUUGAAUGCUCGUGAUACUGAGGACGAUUCAGGCAAAUUAACUUUUCGUGAAUUCAGUCCUCAAAUUGGUUUGCUUUGGAAUACGAGUAAACAUCAGCAAUGGUAUGUUAAUUUAAGUCAGGCACAAGAAAUACCCGGUAUCAGUGAUUUAACAUCGGCUGGUGUACUGCCAUUUGACCCAUUGGACACACAACAUUCAACCACGUUCGAAAUUGGUACUCGUGGAUAAUACCAACAGUGGACUUGGGAUGUUUCCGUCUAUCGCAGUGAAGUAGAAGACGAGUUCAUUGCUUUUACUGAGAGUCACGUUUACCGUUAAUUCAGAAAGUGACGCCAUUCAUCAAGGUAUUGAAGCUGGCCUCGAUUGGCAACUAACCACAUCAUUGACGCAAUCUGGCGUCAUUUAUUAACCGGCAAUGACUUCCAAUCUGACAACCAUCCUCUGUACCCCCCUAAAGGCUAAACAAAGCGAACAGACACAACAAUGCGAACACGAUCAUCAUGCAGUACAAGCCGAGCGUAAAGAACGACAAUCAGUGGCGUGCUGGGUACUAUUUUUCUGGGGGGGCCAGUGGGCUGUCAACAAAUAUGCGCCCCUAUAAUGUUUCGCUUGAUAAACGAGGGCCGAAGGCACGAGCCGAGCGCCUCAGGUGCGAGGUUUGUCUAGGGGAGUCCGGGGGCAUGCCCCCAGGAAAAUUUUUAAAUUUAGAGUCUCUGAAAUGCCAUUUCCUGGACUUUGGGGGAAGAUUUGACAGAAAUCUGAUGGUCAGGAAACGGCAUUAUUAGAUGUCGAAAUUUGCAAUUUGGUUUGAAUUUAGUAGUAGUACUUAUAUGCUAACAACUUCCAGCAAUUAAUCUAAUCUCAAUUCUAUUCUCUACUGCUCUAGUGAUCUGAAUACAUUUACAACAUACAGCUCUUUUAUACAAUAACACACGGACCCCACGCAUAUGCAUUUUAAGGUUUCCAUGCCUGGCUGCCAAAAGGGCGCGUUUCAGCAUUAUUUCAUUACUCACAUUACUCAUGAUGUUUCUAGCGCAAACAACUAAAUUGCGUACACACCUUUACAUUAUCAUAACUUAAAGUUAAACUAUCUAAUUUGGUACACAACUUUACAUUAUCAUAACUUAAACUAUCUAAUUUGCGCCCGGCCGCUCUCGAGAUUCGUGAAGCAUAAUAAAGGGCAUAAUACCAGCAAAAAAAGGCAUGAUUCCCAUGAUCGCUUCGAAACCUGACCAAUAUUACGGUGACGGAGACAUUGCGUGUGAUCACAGUUCAUGUUUCUAUAUGAACGAUUUCGUGUGAGCCGUGAGGUAGCAAAUUAGCAAAUACGGUUAGACAAAAUAGUCUGUACAAUGUAAUAUAUCACUUUGUCGCCUAUGCGCUUAGUCUGUUUUAUAUAAGCCUAUAAACACAUCUUUUCUCGGCGGAAGUAACUAUAUUUUUUCGAAAAAAACGCUUUUUUCCACCCACUUUCAAAAUUUGUCGCGUGAUCGGCGCCCCCUUUUCAUUUUUGCGCCCUGCAAGAAUUGCCAGCUGGGGGGCCGUGCCCCCCGCCCCCCCCCCCUGCCAGCACGCCACUGACGACAAUGGCGAGAUGUGGUGAUGAUUACUCUCCUUUUAAGCACCAUCUUGUUAAUUAACCAUUUUAGGCGUAUUAUUGUGGUUAGCCAUAUUAUAUCAAGAAAGCGACAUCAGCAAACCUGAUCAAGGCACGGUUAUGGCUGCUUUGCAUAAUUAUAAUUAGUGCCAUGCACUUAAAUUUGCGCCGCCUUGUAAUUGAGCUAAGAAACAAUGCUGGUUGUGAUGCCCAAACCACCCACGAAAACACACGUGGUAAUAAAACUAUAACAACCGUUAGAAUAGACUUUCGCAAGGAAGUAAUUUCUUGAAGAGUAAGGAAUUUGCAGAAGUCAAUUAUGGUCGCUAAACUACUGAAUAUAGUAACUUUAUGCUCAUCAUCUAAUAAUGCGUGGUUCAAUCUCCAAUUCAACCGCAAAUUUAUCUUUAACCACUUGCUUCAGUUUAUCAGCAUAUUCCAACACCAGCGUACCAGAACAAGCGUUUGGAUUAACGAUCACCAAAGCAUGAUCUUGAUGAGUCAUCACUUGGUUAAAUUGCUUGCCUUUCCAACCCGCUUGCUCAAUUAGCCAACCCGCAGAUAAUUUAAAGCCAGCCUCAUCGUUAAAUGCCUUUAAAUCAGGAAAAUCAGCCAGUAACUGGUGGUGUUGUGCCGCGCCAACAACUGGAUUUUUAAAAAAGCAGCCCGCAUUAGGCAACACAGCUGGGUCAGGAAAUUUACUACGGCGUAUUGUACACACCGCGUCAAAUACUUGUUGCGGGCUUGGUUGUUUAAUUUCUUGUUGUUGAAAAUAUUGUACCAAUGUCGGAUAAGUAGCCUGUACUGUUGGCUUUUUAUGCAAACCUAAUGUCACCGAAGUAAUACAUAAUUUAUCACGCCAUUGUUGUUUAAAUACACUUUCGCGAUAGGCAAACUGACAAUCGGUUUUAUUAAACGUUAAGAUCUUGCCUGUAGCAAUCUCAAUCGCUUGCAAUGACACGAAGGUAUCUUGUAGUUCAACCCCAUAAGCGCCGAUAUUUUGAAUGGGGGCUGCGCCAACGGUGCCCGGAAUCAAUGCCAAGUUUUGCAAGCCGUACCACUGUUGACUUAAUGUCCAUGCCACUAACUGAUGCCAAUUCUCACCCGCGCCGAUUUCAAUUAAUACCGAAUCUUGAUCUUGUUCAAUCAACCGUUUGCCAAGCAAACGAUUAAGCACAACUAAUCCAGAAAAGUCAUUUGCUAGUACAAUAUUACUGCCUUCGCCCAAUACCAAUAAAGGGCAUUCAUUUUGCUGUACAAAGUCAAGCGCAGCAGUUAAACCAUGUUCGUCAACCGCUUCAAGAAACCAAGCAGCUUGCGCCGGAAUGGCCAACGUAUUAUGGGCAUAUAAAGAGACAUUAGACUGCAUCGAAUAACUCAUAUUAAUGUAUGUUGGAUGCCUAUAAUUACCGAGUUUGUUAAGAAAAUUAUACUUGUUCCGUAGAAUAUAGCUUGUCUUCCGUACAAAUGCAGUCAUUUUCCGUAGAAAUGUAUAAUAUUGAUGCUGUUCCGUAGAACGUGUAACUAUCUAUUUCCGUGGAAAUGUGAUACCUUUUCGUAGAAAUAAAGUGUCUUGUUGUCAUCCCUAGUCUCUCCAACGAGAUUGCGCCACUGAUCUGGAAUUAUUAUUUCGCGGCUUAUUCCUCGGCUUAUUCCAGCAAAUUUCAGCACGUUUCUUUUGAUUAAAAUCUGUUUUAAAAUGUUUUGCCAAAGCUGUGGAACUAAACUCUUGGAGAAAACCAAAUACUGCCGGUGUCACUGAUCCGGAAAUAUUACGUGGCUUAUUUAUUCCUCGGCUUAUUCCAGCAAAUUUCAGCACGUUUCUUUUGAUUAAAAUCUGUUUUAAAAUGUUUUGCCAAAGCUGUGGAACUAAACUCUUGGAGAAAACCAAAUACUGCCGGUGUGUUCGUCAUCACAACCCGGUAUUUAUUCAAUAAUAUGUAAAUUUUGUAAAUAUUUACAAUAAAUACUGUGGUUUUAAUUUUUGAACUCAAUUCCUAAAUAACUUUCAAAAACUCAUUAAUAAUUCAUGAAGCAAUUAUCCAAUCUUGAGUAAGAAAUUAGUCACGUGCAUACGUCUUUAUACCAGCUAAAGAACACUUUAACAAAAGACCAUUGUUAUGCAAACUAUAUAAAGAUUUUUAUAACACUUUAACAAAAGACCAUUGUUAUGCAAACUAUAUAAAGAUUUUUAUAUAUAUAUAUAUAUAUACAUAUACGUAUACAUAUACAUAUACAUUUGACAUAUGUUUUAAAGAUGCGGUACAGUCCGAUCUGCGCAUGUGCACAAAGGAGCCCUUUUUUAUUUACAAACAGUUUAUUUAAGUUUUUAUUUCAUUUUACGGUUCUUGCAAAGCUUGAUUGUUGUGUCUUGAUAAUUUAUUAUACUCUAGAAUCAUGAAAAUAUAAAUAGUUGUUGAAUAAAAUUCAAUAUUUUGGAUACCGAAAUGUAAACAAAGCCUUUGUUUACAUACGGACCGUACCGCAUCUUUAAGUUGUCCUAGUAACAUUAAAAAUAAAGAAGUCUUUAUCCUGGACAAUUUCAGUCUGAAUAUUCUCUGGUUUCACGUGUAUUCCGUCACGAAUGCCUGCAUUUUGCUGUAGAUCCUCAAACAUUGACAUUGUCGUCAAAGUUUGAGGUGUGAACGCCGCAUUGGAGGAGCCGCAAGAAAAGAGGAUCUUUUGAACUCUAGCUAAAAUUUUGUUUGACUUAUAAAGUAUAAUGUUAGGCAAUACGAUUUAUAAACCUAUAAUAUAUAGGAAUGCUAAUAAAAAUUAUUGUUAUUGUACUAGGCAAAUGAGAACCAUGCAAUGAAUGUUUUAGUUCUUGUUAGUAUUUUGAACACACUCUUUAUUGUUAUCAUGAAUUUUGCUUACAUUACAUAAUUUUGAAGCCAUUUUUGAGGCCACCUAAUCGCUUUUUGAUUAAGUUUUGAUAAAAAAUACUCAUUAUAAAUGCGUUAAUUGUUAGUAGUUCUAUUAAACAAACCAAAAAGAUCGAACACGGAAAAUUACUUGCGCGAACUUAAAGCUGCGCGAUUCGAGAAGCGUUUAGUCAAUCAGGACCGUUAAGAAGGUUACUCAUUUUCAUUUUUGCACAAAUGGAAUCUCUGAACCCCGUUUGUUGGCCUACAAUGGCGAGAUGUGGUGAAGGUUAUUCUCCUUUUAAGCACCAUCUUGUUUACCAUUUUAGGCGUAUUAAUGCGCUUAACCAUAUCAAGAGAGCGAUAUCAGCCAAUCUGAUCAUGGCACGGUUAUGAAGUGGACUGGGAACAGGCUAGGUUAUGGCUGUCUUUGCAUAAUUAGUGCCAUGCACUUAAACCUUAAACCUGCGCCGCUUUGUAAUUGAGCUAAAAAACAAUGCUGGUUGUUAUGCCCACGAAAACACAGGUGGUUUGGUGUGUCCGAGUAAUAUUGAACGUAUACAGUAGAGAAUGGAAAUAACAACCGUUGCAAUGGUCGCUAAACUACUGAAUAGUAACUUUAUGCUCAUCAUCUAAUGUACUUUAUGCAUGCUCAUCAUCGGGUAUUCUGUCUGAUAAACUUGAAACAAUACAGAAAAGAGCCCUGAAAAUAUUUUUCCCAUCUGCUUAAACAUAUCUAGAAGCUCUACAGUUAGCUGGGAUUGAAAGUGUAGCCGAUUGGAGAAUUAUCAUAUAUGUAGAAAAUACAUGAGUAAAAUGAAAAGAACAAAUCCUCCCCUACAUGCGUUAAUUGCCCAAAAGCGCGGACAAAAACUGUAAUUACAAUAUGAGCUUGGAGACAAAACUGAAGAAGUUUUCCUGUAUCAAGACUUUAAGUUCUGUAGAACUAAAAAGACAAAAAACGUUUUUUACCUUCAAAUAUUAUUAACAUUUUAAUAGACUCUUGUGAUGUUACUCUGAGUGUAUAUUCAUGCACACUGGGCAAGCUUGAAAAAUAUGCCUGGCCACGGUGGGAUUCGAACCUAUACGACCUUUCGUAUGUUCGAUUCCCACCGUGGCCGGGCAUAUUUUUCAAGCUUGCCCGGUGUGGAUAUACAUGCAGAGUAACAUCACAAGCAUCAUAUUCACCUGAGUACAUAACACCAACACAGAAAAAUUUUAAUAGCCCUUCUCUUUUAAAGACAUUCAUUGUAAACAUAAAUUUAGAUUUUAUAUAGAUUAUUUGGAUUAAAUUGUACUAGUUUUUUUACAUUAUAUCAUAUAGUUAUACUAUAAUAUUGUGAAUAUAUAAACUCGGUAAUUCAGUCUUUGUAACUGUCAAAGAGUUUCAAUAUGCCAAACUCGGUAAUUCAGUCUUUGUAACUGUCAAAGAGUUUCAAUAAACCAUAAUUAAAUAAUUGCUGUGAAGCAAGCGAGCGAGCAGUCUAAUUUGUGCAGAGAGGCGUCUGUUCAGUAAAUUUUCUAUUGCAUGCGUUGCAUUGUGGUUGUGCUCAGUUGUUGUGCGCAGUACACAUCCACCCCACUCCACGUGCUUUGACUCGCUACACUACAGACUGGUAGAUUAGUUUUGGUUUCUUAAGCCCCGUUUACACUACGCUUAAUUUUUGGUACCGUACCACUUUUUGGUUCUUGGACUACCUAAAUAGGUAGUCCGAGAACCAAAAAAGUGGUACGGGUACCAAUUUUAUCCGUGCCGUACCAAAAAUUGAGCGUAGUGUAAACGGGGCUUUAGUUUAAUUAAUACUGUUUAUAUAUAAUGUGGUAAAUGCGCCUAGCAAAAACUUUUACCAAUGUAUUUAUACGCGUACUAAGCGCAAAAAGGUUUCUAAAAGAUCUCUCUAGCCCUACGUAUAGAUUAUAAAAAUGUAAAUAGUUAAAUUUUAUUGUACUUUGGAAAAUUGGGCGAAAUAAAUAAAUAAAAUAAAAAUAAAGCAGCGCGUAAUUCAACAGAUUCAACUUGCCGGCACUUGGUCUUGGAAAUAUUACAUAUUCAUGCCGUGUGGCUUAAGAAUGCUUUGUCGUUUGUACUUAUACGCGUACUUAUGCGGCGCGUAAUUGAACAGAUUCCACUUGGUCUUGAAAAUAUAUAUUCUUGCUUAUGCUUUAGUGAAUAUUAACUCAUUUUCAUAAGAUUAAAACAUUAAUUAACAUCAAUGAGACGCACAUGUUUAACAUAUCUGUCACCUGUGAUUGCCCUUUAACCCCUGGUCUUGGCGCAUCGCUUCGAGUAUAAAUAACUGUGCUUUAUAUAAUUUGUACUAUUUAGUUCUAUUUGCUCUUAAUGCCCGCAGCAAUCCCUGCCUUGCGGGUACCCUAGUAAAUAUAUAAACUCUGUAAUUCAGUCUUUGGGACUGCGAAAGAGUUUCAAUAAACCAUAAUUAAUUCGAGAAUUAAUUAACUAAUAAUGCGUGGUUCAAACUCCAACUCAACCGCAAAUUUAUCCUUAACCACUUGCUUCAGUUUACCAGCAUAUUCCAACACCAGCGUACCCGAACAAGCGUUCGGAUUAACGAUCACCAAAGCAUGAUCUUGAUGAGUCAUCACUCGGUUAAAUUCCUUGCCUUUCCAACCCGCUUGCUCAAUUAGCCAACCCGCAGCUAAUCUAAAGCCAGCCUCAACUUUAGAUGCCACUAAAUCAGGAAAAUCAGCCAGUAACUGCUGGUACUGUGCCGCGCCGACAACUGGAUUUUUAAAAAAACUGCCCACAUUAGGCAACACAGCCGGGUCAGGUAAUUUACGACGGCGUAUUGUACAUACCGCGUCAAAUACUUGUUGCGGGUUUGGCUGUUUAAUUUCUUGUUGUUGAAAAUAUUGUGCCAAUGCUGGAUAAGUAGCUUGCACCGUUGGCUGUUUAUGCAAACGUAAUGUCACCGAAGUGAUACACAAUUUAUCACGCCAUUGUUGUUUAAAUACACUUUCGCGAUAGGCAAACUGACAAUCGGUUUUACUAAACGUUAAGGUCUUGCCUGUAGCAAUCUCCAUCGCUUGCAAUGACACGAAGAUAUCUUGUAGUUCAACUCCAUAAGCACCAAUAUUUUGAAUGGGGGCUGCGCCAACGGUGCCCGGAAUCAAUGCCAAGUUUUGCAAGCCAUACCACUGUUGACUUAAUGUCCAUGCCACUAACUGAUGCCAAUUCUCACCCGCACCGAUUUCAAUUAAUACCGAAUCUUGAUCUUGUUCAAUCAACCGUUUGCCAAGCAAACGAUUAAGCACAACUAAUCCAGAAAAGUCAUUUGCUAGUACAAUAUUACUGCCUUCGCCCAAUACCAAUAAAGGGCAUUCAUUUUGCUGUACAAAGUCAAACGCAGAAGUUAAACCACGUUCGUCAACCGCUUCAACAAACCAAGUAGCUUUCGCCGGAAUGGCCAACGUAUUAUGGGCAUAUAAAGAGACAUUAGACUGCAUCGCGUCGUUUUGAAUUGAAUAGCAAUCACUGGCGCUGCUCAAGUAUUUGCUGCCAUUCUUAUUGCUCCGUCCACAGAGACUCAUGAGGCCUGUGACUUCUAGGAAAGGAAGGACUCAGCCUUGCCACGUGUCACACGAAACUAUCCUCGAUUUUUCGCCUUUAAAUGAAUUUCUUUCGAGAUUAAUCGAUAUCCCCUGCAAGAAUGAUACCGUACAACACCCAAAACAACGAUGCUUUAACCAAAGCGCUUAAACUCGCUCUAAAAUCCGUGAGGGAAUGACAAAAUUCGGCCAAAGUAUAUCCACGUGUCGCUUUGCUGGACAAAAGCCGGAAGUCGUUGAACAACUCAAAAUAUAAAAUACUUUUGUUUGUGGAAACUGGAAACAAAGAACUAAUUAACCUACAAAGAACUUAUUACCUCAAAAUACACUCAAACCUAUAUUACAGUUAUUAAAUUUUACAGUUAUUCGUGAUUUUACAGCUAUUCGGCGUAUUCGCGAUACUACAAAACUCUCCAUGAAAAUACCUGUAUCUUUAUCGUAUGCCUUAAAUUUGAUUUCGUCCAUAAUAUUACAUCUUCUGUUUGGCGAAAUGGGUUUUCCGUUUUGAAAACAACGGCCUUUCUUGUAUUUAUCCGCCACAUUUCUACAAAUUCAACUGUAAUCCCGCUGCUUAGAAACAUUGUCAUUUGACCCUAGAAACGGUCAAUUUUGAACAGUCCAACGCGCUUGAAAGAUUGUGUGUAUCCAAUGCACACUGCAUAUAUUGACAUAUACUUAUUAUAUGCUAUUUGAACGCCAGAGCAGGGUUGAGCAAAAUAAUAAUAGCCAUACUUAGAUAUAAAAAAUGACAGCAAAUCAUUAUACGAUUUAUUAUGCGAAUAACUAAUGCAAAGUAAUGCAUGGUUGCACGCGUAUAUAUAAUAAACUAAACACUGUUCCAGAACACCGUGUGCCCCAAAAAGUCGGGCAACUUCACUUUGGACAGACGGGUUUUGGUCGUUGUUUGCGAAACGUGCUGACGCAGAACUGGCAUUGCCGUUUGGCGGUUUGCACUUGUUGACCCUGGACUUACUCGGCUACGUACUCGAUUGAUUUUCGUUUGUGCCUUUUACUCCAUUUAGAGCACCUGAAAUAGCUGUAAUCACUUGUUCGUUGUCAAGCGAACGCCGCAAAAGUCUUCUUCCACGAUCCAAUUUGUCGCUGUUAUUAUAUCACAGUCAUUAAUAUUACAUGCAGUUACAGCAUGUUACAGCCAAUUCCGUUUGACCUUAUAACAACAUGCGUUCGCAAAAGGUCUUGUCUAAAGCCUAGUUUCCAUUUGGUCGUUAGUUGUCGCUGGCACGACAAGCAGUAGAUGUGAAAUAGUCUAAUAUAAUAAUAGUCUUUUUGUGUGUUAUAUGCAAAUCAGUCUUAGUGAUUGCAGAGUUUUAUAAAGUUUUGUUGACACUCUAUUACAUCAGCCACUUGUCGUGCCAGCGACAACUAACGACCAAAUGGAAACUAGGCUUAAAAGUACAUGCGAGUGACCACGAAUGACCACGAGUGAUUUCUGUGUUCAAAAAUCAUAAAAUAAUAAUAAACUAUUUUAAGGUGGCUCCCUAGGGUUUUUGCAUUAAACUACACUAUACAGCUAACUCAAAAAGGUUGUCCGCCUUUGCAAGCCUUCAACUCUAAACCUUAAACUCUAAGCGCAAAUGGAAGCACACGUUUCCAGCUUAGUAGUUGAAUAUUACAGCUAUUUGUGAAUGAAUUGUUCUCGUAAGGAGAUAUUUACCAUGUCUCUAAGAAAUGGGCCACAUAUAUGAUUUCUACACUGAUUAAAUUAUGCUCCCAUUAUGCUUUGCACGCUUAGAGUUUAAGGUUUAGAGUUUAAGGUUUAAGGUUUAGAGUUUAAGGUUUAAGGUUUAGAGUUUAAGGUUUAAGGUUUAGAGUUUAAGGUUUAAGGUUUAGAGUUUAAGGUUUAAGGUUUAGAGUUUAAGGUUUAAGGUUUAGAGUUUAAGGUUUAAGGUUUAGAGUUUAAGGUUUAAGAGUUUAAGGUUUAAGAGUUUAAGGUUUAAGGUUUAGAGUUUAAGGUUUAGAGUUUAAGGUUUGCAAAGGACAACCUUUUUUGAAUGAGCUGUAAAGUAUCGAGUAAACUUUGCUGACGACACAAAGGACAACCUUUUUUGAAUGAGCUGUAAAGUAUCGAGUAAACUUUGCUGACGACACAAAGAGUUAAAUUUGCAAUAUUUUAAUCUUGCACAAGCCUUUGAAGCCAUUAAACAGGUGUUAAAAUAAAAAAAAAAAAACAUUGAUUUUUUAUUCAGGGUUUAGUAGAAAGUCAUGAUGCAAUAGCCAACAAAGUGUAUGAUGAAACGCCACCUCUCGCCACUCCGGAUUCGCCUGAUUCAAAUGGCGUUGCAACUGGUGGUGAACCAAUCAGAAUGGUUGGCUUAAAUAAAUCACCUAACGAGUCACUGGUAUGUCAACAUGGUUGUAAUAAUUUGCAUUUGAUCAUAUUAUAAACAGAAGUAACAAGACCAAGAUUCAGGGGCCGCGAAACUGGGGAGGGGGGCAUUGGGGGCAUGUGUCCCCCCCCCCCACUUUUUUUAAUUAAAAAGUGAAAAAAGUGCCCUUUUUUCUGGGCUAAAGUGCGAAAAAAGUAUUAACGUUUAACGAACGAAAAAAGUAUUUCUUAAAUGAACGCCCUCUUGCUGGAAAGAAAGUGCCCUCUUUGCAGUAUUAAGGCUCUGUAAAGGCCAUUUCCGACGUUAUAGAGACUCAUAUUUUCAAAACAUUUUUGUUCGGCUCGUGAAUGACGUUUGAUUUUGGUCAUAUACAGAAGUGCCCCUUUUGGCCAAUGCCCCUUCACUUUCGAAAUGCUUCCGCGGCCUUUGCCAAGAUUCAUUUUGCUUACUUUAUUAAUAGUUCAGUCUACAUGUAUAUCCAGUAUAUAUUACAGGAAAUAUUUCAUGAUUUUUGAACUUCUUAAGGGCUUAACUCUGAAGCAACAAGGUGGAAAUAUUGUUGUGGCAAGGAUAAUGAAAGGCAGCAUGAUAGACAAACAAGGUCAGUUCUAUGUGACUAUGUCUUGAAAUUGUGUACGCUGAAUGAAACUUUAUUGGGUGAUUCCAGCUGCAGACUAAAUUUUGAUCAAGGCACGAAGAACGAAAUCCAACACCACAGCUAGAAAGAGCGUCUUAAAAUGAGUAAAACUGCAAAGAUUGGUUGCUAAAUGUUGUAAAAUGAAGAAAAUAUAGCCAUGUGAAGUUCGCAAAAUUUGUGUAUAUUUGUAUUACGUGCGGUAAAAAUAACCACUUUCAGCUCAAAAAUGGUUAUUUUUCCCGGGCGUAAUACAAAUAUAUACAAAAUUUGCGAACUUCACAAGCCUAUAUUUUCCUCAUUUUACAACAUUUCGCAACCAAAUUGUGCAAUUUUACUAAUUUUAAGAUGCUCUUUCCAGCUAUAUGGUAAUGGUUUUGUUUUGUUUUGCUGGAAUCAUCCAUUGACUGGAGCAUUAGUAGUACACUUCCCAUUUCUGAACAGUUGCAGAAUGAGAGAGAUACUACUGUCUGAAAUACAAGGAGAACUUCGACUUUCGAGCGAAGGCCCUAUACGUCAGGAAAUUACAGUAGUAGCGUGGGUUGGGGAAAUUACAUGAGCUUUUAUACACUAGCAAAUUAAAAGCGAUUACAUGACAAAAACUGAACCAUUCAGAUGGAUUUAGUCAAAACAAAGUGUAAACAAAAAAAUCACAUUACAGAAUAUAUUAAUACAUGCAAAUAUAUGGAAAACUACAGCAAAUACAAAUGAUAUAUGAAACAAGUAUGGAAUAAGGUGAGAACAUUUACAGUACCGUAAAUGUCUGCUUUUGAUAGCUUGCGAGGCAGGACAGUCAAAGACAGAUAGAGCUAUAAGCAUAGGAAAAACAUUCAUUAAUACCGUAGGGGUGGAUAGCGCCAAGUUUGGAAAUGAAACAUCUCAUUUCUUCUCUUGUUAAGGUUUACUUAACGUUGGUGAUAUAAUCAAGGAGGUCAAUGGUCAGCCAGUAAAAAAUAACCCAGAAAAAGUCCAGAAAAUCUUGGUAUGUAUAACAUCAUAACAUGUCACUUAUCCAGGGUCUGAAAUUUAAGUUGUUUUUCAGUACCCCAGUGAGGUAUCAGGAUUCAAAGCUCUAGUCAAUCCCAUAUGAGGAUCCAGUAUCCCACAUGUACAUCUGGAUACCGGUUCCCAUAAUUUUUGGCAUCCUUGAACCCUCAGUUGAAAGUAUGUAAAUAUAAAUAACAACAGAAGGCUCAACAACUAGAGUUGAAAAUCAAAGCUGGUUAUUUUCAAGAAGGCAGGCUCGUAGUAUUCAAAAGCUACAGUAUUGGUAGACAACCAGAGACAUUUAGCAUUAUCCUAAUGUUUGAAAUUAAUAUGCAGGCAGGAUACAAGUCAUUCACAGUUUGGUAUCCAAAACCAUAUUUUUGUAUCCUGUGGAUAUUGGGAUACUGGAAAUUUCAGACCCUGAAUCAUGUAUCAUAGUUAAAACGGAAAAAAAUUCCUGACAAAUUGCGUUAUUUUAACAGAAAGAUUCCAGUACCAAAGUAACGUUAAAGGUCUCUCCAAGUCAUACCAGCAAACCCUACCAUGGUCAGGUAAGAUUGCAUGAUUAAGAGUAUGCUUCAUUGUAUGCUUAACAAAGAAGGGUUUUUUCUCUCCAUGUUUUCCUAAUGUUUUGUCUUGUUUAGGUUUUCAUGAAAACGCAGUUCUCAUUUGACCCAACUAACGACAACGAUAUCCCGUGCAAGGAAGCUGGUUUGGCUUUCCAGAAAGGAGAGAUUUUGGAAAUACUUGAUCAAACUGACGCUACAUGGUGGCAGGUAAGCCAGCAAUGCAGACAAAUGCCACCCACUUAGAUUUUACUUUUUAGAUAGCUUUUUAGUAGAAUAAUGAGACGAAAGUGGGGCUUCUGUGGCGCAGACGCCAAAGCAAGCGCCUUUCACCUCUGAGAUCCUGGGUUCGAGUCUCGCUAUGGACUCAUGUGAAAAGAGUCAGUCAACGCUCUGCCCAAUAUCGUGGGGUUUCUCCGGGUGCUCCGGUUUCCUCCCACAGGGAAAGUUGACAGGGUGGGUUAGGAUAAACACAGCUAGGAAAGUAAUAUCAUGCACAGUUGUUGUAAAGAUAAAAUAGUCUAGGCUGAGUAUGUAUAAUAGACCUUUCCCCUUGUGAAUGAAAUUUUGAUCUAGAUAUGCCUGGACAAACAUUUCAUCACAGCUUGAAAGAGCAUCACAAAAUUAGUAAUAUUCCAAAGUUUCGUUGCGAAAUGUUGUAAAAUGCGGAUAAUAUAGCCUUGCGCAGUUUGUCGUUUUUCAGUCAUUUUGUAUUACAAACGGGAAAUUGAUAAUCAGAUGAUCAAACUGAUGCAAAAUGUUAAAUUGUAAUGCAAAAUGACUGAAAAACGGCAAACUUCGCAAGGCGGCUAUAUUAUCCGCAUUUUACAACAUUUCGUAACGAAACUUCGGAAUAUUACUAAUUUUGUGAUGCUCUUUCAAGCUGUGAUGAAAUUGUUGCCCAGGCAUAUCUAGAUCAAAAUUUCACUCAUAAGGGGAAAUGUCUAUUCAGUUGUAUUGACCAAGAUGGCCAACAUUUCAUUUUACUUUUCUACCCAUUAGUUAUUACAAUGUAAUGCACUUAAUUAUACAUGAUUGAACAUAUCUAUUGCAUUUUUGAAAUUUAGGCGAAGAAAGUUGAUGGCGAUGGUGGAACAGGAUUAAUACCAAGUCGAACAUUACAAGAAAAGUAAGACAGACGGUGCACUGUACAUGAUUACGUGAUCAUAGAAUAUUAUUACGGUCUGAUACUUCUUGGUUUUCAGUAUACAGCAGGUCAGGGCUGCAAAAAUAUUUUAUUUUCUGAGACCGCAAGGCUAACGAAAACAUUUUCUGCAAGUAAAGUUAGUAAAAGACAUCAAAUCCUGUGGUUUUUAAUAUUUUAUUGCAACCAAAUAAAAUUCAGUGUAUUCUAGACAAAUUCUAGACCGAUUUCGUAUAUUUUUGUCUUUAUGAUCUCUAGGAAACUCAGUAAAGUAUAGUCACUAAAAUUAGUAAAAAGCACUUACUUUCCUUUAAGACUUUUUACCUUUUACGGUUUACCUGCCAUUUAUUUCUGCUAUAACCUCAAAUAUUUUCUGGGUCCAAUGGUCCGCUAUAAUUUGCAGCCCUGACGUAGGUACGCAGUGCUCUUGCUAUCUGUGUACUUAUAUUUUGCUGGUUCCAAAAAAUUUCCAGCACAGUCUCAGAGAUAAAUAGAUGAAUAGAAUCAUUUGACAUAAGUGCAUAAAUAGAUGAUAAUCAUCUAUCUAGGGGAAACCUAACCCUAAUCUAACCCUAAUUCUAACCUCUAACCCUAAUCUAAUCAUAAUCUAAUCUUAAUCUGACACUAAUCUAAACUUGAUGACCUUUUUUUAAAUGUCCUUUUUUUAACAAAAAGUUCCCAUGAUUCUAUUCAUCUAUUUAUUCCUAUGUUUCACUUCUUUUUAAGACGAAGAACAUUCAUUCAUCCAAAUGUGACGCACAGACGAAGCUUUUGUAAGUUCAAUUUUCCUGACAAACAUUCGUAAGUGUAGCAGUAUAAUUCGCCUGCCUGAGGCAGCUAAGAAUAUGUUAAACUAUGUGUUAAUCUUUCAUUGCUAGUCAUGUGUGGAUCGCGAAAAAAGAAAAAGACUAUGUACGAUGUGAAGAAAACAUCAGGUAUUUUAAUAUCAUGCUUAAAACCAAGGCCGGAUUUUGAGGGGAGGUCUCCCCUGAGAUCGUUUUGCACCUCCCCUGAGAAUUUUUGCACCUCCCCUGAAACGUCAUGCACCUCCCCUUGGGAAAGUUUCAAUGAUAGAUCAAAAUGAAAAUUUGACAUUUUUUGGUUGCUUAGGGUCUACACUUCGUAAGAAAGUUUUUCUGUAAAAUGGAAACAGUGAUAGCAGUUCAUCUCUGUGUCAAGUACCCUUUUAAUGCAAUGUUUUGAAAGAAACUGUACUAAUUGUAAUGAAGGGCAAAAUUGGAUGAGUUGUACAGUCAUAAUUCAUUAGUACAUAUGUACACUACAUGCAUACGUCACGUCGUUGACUUUGGCCCGUUCUAAGCCCUAACUUUCCAUGGGGGUCAUGAGCUAGUCCACUCCACCUUCCCUAAAUUUUUCCCACCUCUCCCACUAUAUUUCCACCACAAUCCGGCCUUGGUAUUAAGCGAACUUCACAAUAGCUCCUUCCUUGGUCUAAGCUAAGUAUAUUUGAACAAGAUUAAAGUUUAUAGUAAUUAGUAAUCGAAUAGUUUUUGUUGUCAACGCCGGCUUGUUGACAGCUUGUUAUAAGGUUGUCGGACUCAACAGACUUGUGACUGACAAUCUUUCGUAUACAACUUACUGAGAAGCUUGUUGGGAUAUUAAGUGGUUGAACAUAUUUCAGAUGAAAUUUUUUGUGCAUGUAUUUGCAGAAAGACCCAAAACCAUGUACAAGUAUAUGUACAGUAUAGAUGAGCAAUUUUUCCUUGACAAGUUUUAUUUGCUCGUGUGCACGACAAAAUAUUGACAGUUUUUCCCUGCCAAGGAGCGCUGUUCCAAAGCUAGUCAUGCCAACUUUGGACAAGGAAAAUCUGUUUAAGAAAACUUGACAAGUGUACAAGAAAUAUUUCUAUGGUUUUGGCAAACAGAAGGCGCCUUGAUGUAAGAUAAGUGUUUAACAACAUCCCGUUCACACGCGAGCAACAAAAUGUGUCAAGGGAAAUUUGUUGACCGUACACACGAGAAGGUAAACUUUUUGCACGCGGCUUAACAAUUGCCUUUCAUUAUGUUUUAUAGAGUUCGACCGACAUGAAGUGUCUUCUUAUGAAGAGGUUGCUAAAAUGCCUCCGUUUGAACGAAAGACUUUAGUUUUAAUUGGUGAGCAUGACACUUGGGGCAAUUGUGCUCUGUAAACAUAAUCCCCGUAAUCGAUAUGAUAAACAUUUUGUGUGUGUUGUUGUUAUGUACUCAGGUGACGAUGAUGUUUGUGAUGUUACUCUGAGUCUGCAUCCACACAUCAUCGGUGGGAAUCGACCCCGCGACCUUUGGGAUACUAGUCCAAUGGUAUACCAACUGAGCAACGAGGUCAAGUCGGUUCGAGCACUAUGGUUCGAGUAACAUCAAAAACAUGAUAAACGUAUUUGUAUAUUUAGGAGCAGAAGGGGUUGGCCGCAGGACGUUGAAGAACAGAAUUGUGGCGAGUGAUCAAGCGCGAUUUGCGACCGCAAUUCCACGUAAGUGUUUCAAUUUUUGGAAGUUUACCCAAAUUAGGGCCUGUACAUAUGAGCCUGGUAAACUCGCCAGGGGCGGAUUUACCGUGGGGGUGCAUACCCCACCUAGUGGUGUCUAGCCCCCCCCCCCCUUCCCCCAAGAGAACUCCAGCACCACCCUAAAAUAUCUGCUUGACCGUACAUUUUCUGCUUUUCGAAUAGCGAUUAGCGGAACUUCUACUGUUAGCUCGCGUCGAUAUCUUGGAAUGAUUUAAUUGAUAUGUGAGAAAAUAUUCACAGACACACCGGACGCGAUUCGACAACGCGACGCGAUUUUCACUCGCCGAUAACUUUGAUCCUAGUUUAAAUUUUCCAAUUAUUUAGAAGCGCUAUAACAUUUUGAGUUAUUUGAUCUACAUAUCUUUCCAAAUUUGCUCUCAUCGGCUGCUUUAUUAACUUUCAAAAACUAAAAAAUCACAUCGCGUUGUCGAAUCGCGUCCGGUGUGUCUGGACUUUAAAGGCUCGUUUACACUUGCAAUUUUUGCCGCGAUUUCCUUCUUCUGAUGGAUGUGAACGAGUGGAUGAGUUAUGAAAGUUCAGAUGAGGGUGCAUAUACUCAGAACAUUCAUAACUCAUUUACUCGUUCACAUCCAUCAGAAGAAGAAAAUCGCAGUGAAAAUUGCAAGUGUGAAAGGGCCUUUAGUUAAAGAAUCAUUGUCAACCAACCACAAUGCAUUGUGCGCCCAAACCUGCUUGGCGGCCAUUUUAAUGGCGGAAUAAUAGAUGUUUCGGUUUUCAAUCCAUAAUAUAUUACUACCAUCCUAUGGUUAUACUUGCUCAUUUUAACUUUUUUAUACUAAAAUUGCACCAAAGAAAUGUUUAUAAUCGUCAUUCGUUGCUAUUUUUCACUUCCGAAGGUAAGAUGUAAACAAAUGCAUUGUUGUUGACAAUGACUCUUUAAAUAUCAUGGUUAAAUAUGUAAACAUAUCGAGGUUGUUAUACAGCUAUGGUUUCAAACAUAGUGUACUUUAACAAGCAAAUUUACUGAGCUACAGCAACUGUCCAGUCACGCAUACGUGAUAAAAAAAGAUCUAAACUGUAUAAAAAAAGAUGAUGUAAAACUAUUUCUUCUAUAAAACCCUGUUCGUCCAUCUGUAGACACGUCACGCGAGGCGAAAGAAGGUGAAGAAGAUGGCAAAGGAUAUCAUUUUGUAACUAAAAAUAAAAUGACAGAGUUACGUCGUGCUAACCAGUUCUUUGAAUAUGGUGAAUGUAAUGGUAACAUGUAUGGUACCAGUAUUGACAGUGUGAGAACUGUCAUUGACCAACGCAAAAUGUGUGUGCUAGAUAUGCAGCCUGCGGUAAGUACAUGUGUAUUUGUAUUUUACUUCUACGAUUAGGUUUUAUAAAAUAACAUGUAUAUAACGCGUGCUCUGAUUGGCCGAAACCCGUGUUUGGAUCAGGCCAUCCAAACACGGAAAUUUAAAAUACCUUCGCGGGAAUUUUAAACCCUGUUGUUAUUUUAUAAAACAAUUACUUUAUGGUUUCCGUGUUUGGAUGGCCUGAUCCAAACACUUGGGAAUGUUGCUUAUAUACACCUUAUAUACCCGAAUUGCCAGUACAUGUAUUUCCUUUCAUAUCGAAAUAUCUUCAUUGUUCAUCCCAAAGACAUAAAGUUAUACAAAAACAUUGAUGCAAAUAUGUAGAACCUAGGGGCGCUCGAAGGCGAAAAAUGGUGCCAGGGAAGAUUUGCGAAUUGUGCUCUAUGAUAUGACAGCUCGGUUCGAUUCCCAGGAUGAAUCCAGCCAGAUUUGGUAGCAAUGUGUUCCUCGAGCUUUGGUCAUGGUUCAGGGUGCGAUCGUUGCCCAAGUACCACCCAGCGCUUGGAGGUUGAGCACCCACUUGCACCCCUAUUCACCCUGUAAAUCCACAACCUCGUUCUCAGGCUAUACCUCUUGUGGAGGAAAGACCCUGGUAGAAGCUGGUCAAGUGAUCUCCUAAAAUCAAGCAGAUUUCUACUUGAUGAUGAUGAUAUUUAUACUUUAAUUUAUAACUUACAUUUUGUUUUGCAAAGUUUGAUCUGAUUUUAAGGAAUCCAAGAUAAUACCAAGAUAGUUAAUUAGAAAUCUGCUAGAAUUUAGCAGAUCACAUGACCAGCUCCUACCAGGGUCUUUCCUCCACAAGAGGUAAGAGACUGGGAACGAGGUUGGUAAAUCCAUCGCUGCCAAUAAUGUAUGGUCCUUAGUAGACCUUUGGGAAAGCAGUUUAAGUUUAGUUUAGUUUGAACGCAGUGUCGAUUGCUAAAAAGGCGCUUUGUUGAUUGUAGGGGUUGAAAAUGUUGAUCAGUUCAGAGUUUAUGCCCUACAUCGUAUUCAUUGCAAGCCCGAGUGUGGACGAACUUACUCAACGUCAAAACGAGGCACCAUCCAAUGCAAGAAAACUGACGGUAAGAAAAUAUAUGUCUACUUAACUGAUUACUGAUCUCAAAAUUCUGCUGGAUAGCACAUCUGCUAUGUUUUUUGGUUUGCACUUGACGUCAUGCCGGCCAUUUGGAAGAACGCUAACAAAAUAAUUUCAUUAGCAGCUGUUGUGUUUGGAGUGUGUUUUCCUCCAAACAUGGCUGCCAUAUCUUUGUCUUAUAAACCACAAAUACUAUAGGGACAUUAAGAUUUUACAGCAAACCGUAAACUUCGUAUCGCAUUUGAAGUGAUAGUUUAAAUAUAAAUAAGUGUUCUUCCUCCGAUUUCUAAUUACAGACAAGCAGGUUGAAAAUACGAGACGAAGCCGAGUUUUUGCAACCAGCUUGUCUGUCUUUAGAAAUCAGAGGAACAAUACUUACGAGUGUUUGAACUUACUUCUCAAAAGAACCCGUAUUUUAAGAGGAAAUCGAGAUUAAAGUUGGCGAAAUUCGGCUGUUGUAUUCCUUCGAUUUCGAAAUACUGAUUAUUUAUUUAUUUUGAAUUUUCUUCAUGAAUUAUUAAUGAGUUUGACUAUAAAGUAGUCAAUUUCUUUUCUAUUUGAAACAGGCUUCUCGACCAAUCAGUGAAUGGUAUAAAAUCCGAAAUCCGCUUUUUCCACUCUUUCCGCAACACGCAUUUCUCACUCAAUCCGCAUUCCGCAUUUUCCACCAAACCCAUCAAAAUGGCUUAUAGCAUUUCUGUUUUACGUUACAGAGAGAGGAGAUGUCGAAAAUUGUUGAGCAAUCGGAAAUGAUCAAUCGCGACUACUCGCAACACUUCGAUCUAACUCUAGUGAACAAGAACGUUACCGAUUCAUAUGAUCGAGUAAUGAAAACAGUCGAGGGACUGAGUACCGACUCACAGUGGGUGCCCGUUAGUUGGGUAUAUUAACCCGCAAACACCCGUUUUAAAACUUAACUUAGUUAGCCCAGAACGCCGUUGUUGUUAUAGAACGUGUUUUAGAACUUCGUAGUUGUAGGCAUUUGUUUUUAAUAUAGCGAAGCUGUAAGUACAAACAGGAAAAAUUUUUAGCUUUAGACGGGAUUGAGUCCAAGAAUUCCGAGUGAGCUCUAUAUAUGUCUGGAGUGAGAACGUGCGUUUAAAAAAUGAAGCCAAAGAUGGCGAAAAUAUAUUGACGUCCAGUGCCAGGCCCCUUCGAAAGCCGUCACAUCACGCCAUAUUGGCUUCACUUUUCUUAAUAUAGGCAAGGCCGAAUGAUUGAAGUUCCUCACUCCAGAUAGAUAUAGAGAGCUCAUUGAUGCUACCCCGGUUGUAUCGAGAUUCUGGGGUUAGAAUGAGACCCACGUUUAUACUAGAGCGAAAGAUGCCAGACUCACUAAGAAACUGAAAUGUUUUAGUACCAGAUUCAUGAAUCAUGUUGCUUUACAUAUACGCAACGAAGAAUUCGAUAAGAAAUCUCCAUUUUGAGCCACUUUGCUUUUGUUUAUACCUUCUUUAGCUUUUUUGAGCAUUUGUUAAAUUUAUUAAUAAUAGAUGAGGUUUAGAUUUCACUACCGCUACGCAUUAAUUAACAAUUAUUCGCCGAAGGCGAGGUGAUUAUCGGUGAAUAAAAACCGAGACGAAGUCGAGGUUUUUAUUCACGAUAAUUACCGAGCCUGAGGUGAAUAAUUGUUUUAGUAUAAUUUCAUAGGUGAUUAUUUGGAAAAAAAUAAGAAAAUACACAUUUCUUCGUCAUUUAAUUGACAAAAGGCUUCGGCCGCCAUUUUGAAAAUCGCUUAGGUGAUUAUCGCGUAAUAAUCACCUCAACGGCAACCAAUCAGCGUGGAGAAUUUUCAAUAAUCACCUAUGUAAUUAUACUAAGGACCUGUUAUUUUUUGUGGAGGGGGAUGGCACCGUGAGAUGUUUUCUUGGCAAAAAAUGUUGCUGACAUAACCAUUAAAACGUGAAAAAAUGUUUACCCAACCUCAAAUAUCAAUUUAAAAUAAAUACACAUCCCUGGCCAAAAACGAUACCAUUCAUUUGUCACACAUGUCCUUUACCACUUCUGAGACACGAGUUUGAUAACUGCUUGUGCAAUUUUCUGCAGUCUAAAGUUUCAUGUUGUCUGCACAUGUACUUUGUUUGGAGACACCAUUUGCCUCCUGACAAAUUGGAAAAUGAUCAAGAUAGUGACACUCACUGAUUUACAUAUUGUAUUGACAUACGACUGUUGACAUUGCUUUUUAGCCUUCGAUAUUUGAGUGAGUCGUACGUUGGAAAUGAUAACCUGAAAUUCAGUAGGGCCUGAAUUUCAGGUUAUGCAAUUAUGGAAAUGACAAUAUAAUUUUUUUACCCAACUCCCGAGUCGUUUUGUUUUUCGUUUACCCAACCUUUUACUCACUCAAGAUUUUGUUUACCCAACCCUUUUCUCUUUCGGUGCCAAUUCCCCAGCGAAUAAUUGUCUUCGUAUAAAUUUCCUAACGAAAUAAAACAAUAUAUCUAAAUAUCAUUUUAAGAAUUGAGAAAUUCGUUGCUUUAUUUAGACUUUUAGUACAAAGUCGCAGUGUUUUUUUUGCACACGCUUUAAAAUUGCUUCCUGUGUGACAAAAUUGUUUGUCUCUCUUGAGACUGGCUUACAUUAUCAACCUUUCUGUGAUCACAGUAGGAAUUUUGCAUGGGUAAAUCUUAAGUUUUACAGGAUUUGUAUACGAAAUGUUUGAGCAAAGUAAACACCAUAUAAGAUAUCUAUGGUAAACAUCGAUCAGUCUGUUCUCAAACAUUUCUUACAAAUCCUUCAAAACUUAGAAUUUACCCAUGCAAAAUUCCUACUGUGAUCACAGAAACUUUGAUAGUGUAUAAACCAGCUUGGCUUUAAUCCCUGCUUGGUGUAUUGAUUGGUUGCCUGGCUCUGGAUAACCAUUUCCCUCGGAGCAAAAACAAAAUGGCUUCCCGUUUCGUCCCAGUUCCAGACGAUCAAAUUGUUUCAAGAAACGUAACGGCAGUUCCGCUAAACACAAAGAAAGCCACGAAGUUUGGUUUAACAUUGCGUAAAUGUAUACUUUUAAAACUAUUUCUAGUGAAUUAAGAUAACUAAAAGUUUGUAAAAUAUGCUGUUUUGUAUAGAACUAUUACGGGAGCGGUAUAAAUACAAACUGUUUUAAAAUAUUUUCGUUGUUUUUUCUUUGUAUAUAUAUGCUAAAACAAUUAUCUGUACAAACUUUUUUUUUAUCUCCUCAGAUAUUUUUUGUGAUAAUUUACAUCUAAUUACAUAACUUAUCGUCGUUUGGUGCAUUUCAGUAAGCGAUGCAGAAUAGCAGAAAUUUUUCUGAUGCAAACUAUUAAUAUGUCACUUUGAUAACUGACUGUUAAACAGUAGGGGUGCUAUUUUCCGAGCAAAGAAUGAGCGUUGGAAAUGGCGUCUGGGUUCGCAGACUAUAGGGGUGCCGGCUAGUUGAAAAAUAUCCGACUGGAUAUUCUGGUUAAGUUUGGUUUUCAUUUGGUCCUAACCUAACCUGCAUCGUUUUGGUGUUUUGUGGAUUGUAUACUUGCAUGCCUCGCUGUAUGUAAAGUCCUGGGCAAACUAGGAAACAUUGCUGUGGAAACAUUUGUGAUUCUCGAUGUUUCUUCAAAUGUUUCCCCUUGUUUUCUCACCCGUGGAAACAUUGUUGCGGAAACAAAAUUUGCUUCCCGAGAAGCAAAAAUGUUUCCUAGCAAAUUCAGAAACAUUUGAUGUUUCCCUAUGUUUCUCACUAAUGUUUCCUAGUGUUUGCCCACUCUGGGAAACAUGGCGAAACAUUGGUAGGAAACAAUGUUUCCGCAACAAUGUUUCCUAGUUUGCCCAGGGCUUAAAGCAGUGUUUUCUGAUAUGAAAUACUAUUGAACAAAUUUAUCCAUUUCUUCAGAGUGAAAUAAAUCUUCACUCAAAAAUUGAGUAAAUUUGAAAUUUUACUCAAAAAAUUGAGCUCAUAAUUCAUAAAUUUGAGAAAUUUUACUCAGAAUUUCGAGUCGUUGUGGAUGCAAUAUUUUGAGUUGUUUGUAGUGCAUGGACGUUAUCGUGCGUCCAGCGAAAAUUCUCAGAAACUCUCAUCAAAAUUUGAAUGUCGAUGAGAGUUGGCGGUCAAACCACAGUCAUUUCUCAUCCUCUUUUGACCGAUAUUUAAGACUUUGCUCAAACCGCUUAUUCUACGUCUAUGUCAUUCUCUGGUUCUUCGGGGACAGUAUCCAACUGAGUUGAAGCCCUCUUAGACAAUGGCCUAUCUUCCUCUAAAUCUCUCCACCUGUCUUUAAACCAAGGCAUGAUGUCAAAGUAAGAGAACGUAAAUGCUCUUGUAAUCCUCUGGUCCAACAACAAAUUCUGGAAAUCUUUGAGUAACGUUUCUAAGAAAGUUCGUCUUGCCAGUUGUCGUUCUCUUGCGGCCGCUAGCUCUUCCUCCAUCUGCCGUCUUUCUUCGAGCAUUCUUAAUCUCUCCGCUUCCCUUCGCUCCUUUUCUUCCUGAAUUUCACGUUUGAUUCUUUCCUCCUCAAGCCUUCGUUCUUCCAUAAGUCUUUCGCGUUCUGUUUCUUCCAAAUGCGCGAUCUUUUCUGCGUAUUCUCUGCGGCGUUCCUCUUCAAUCUGUUCCUCGACUCGUUCUCUCUCCUUGCGUAAUUCUUCUUCAAACUUGCGCUCCGCCACCAGUUGUUCUUUUCUGCGUUUCCAUUCGUCGCGUGCUUGACGUUGUCGUUCGAUUAUCAAACGUUCUUGUCGUGCGUGUUCAUUCUGCUCCGCUUCAACACGCGUGCGCUCUCGCUCUUCCUGCUCCUUUUGUAUUCUGAAACAACGAUAGAAAGACAAUCAGAGAGGUACCCUG